AUGUCGUUGGCUUUAAAAAUAGGAUUUUUAGUAAUCAAGACCUUGUCUAAACCCAUUGCAACCAAUCUUAAACGUCAGGCAAAACAAUAUCCCUAUUUUCGGAAAAUAUGUGUUGAUCUUGCACAAGUUAUGCAUAGAACAGAAUCACAUAUGAAAGCAAAUUUACUUGGCAAACGAAAAAAAACAAAACAUACACAAUGUUUAAAUGAAGAGAAUGCAAUUGAACGAGGCGCAGAUUUUUUAUCAGAGUCUUUUUUAUUUCUUACGGCAGGAUCCUUAAUUUUCUAUGAAAGCUGGAAAACUAGGAAGAAAGAACAAACACGUAGAGACAAAGUGGCAGACGAUAUUGAAGAAUUGCAAAAACAACUUGCAUCUUUAAAAAAAUAUAUUGAAGAAACAGUUUUGAGUAAAACAUAGAGUUUUUUUAGGGAAUAUUUAUAAAGCUACAAUAAUAUAUAAUAGUUAUGUACAAACUGAUUAGGAAACUCUAGAUAUAGC